AUGUUCGGCUUUACAAGUGAAUCCACAAGUCGUAGCGAUAAUUUAAAUUAUUAUUCUCCACCUCCUAGGCAUCCUGCAUUUAGAGCCUCGCAGCGCUAUGAAACAACACCAUCGUUCUCAGACGAUGUAACAUCACCAUCCACUUCAAAAACAUCUUCUCAAGAUGCUUCAUCAACUUCGGUGGCAAAUACCAUUCUUCCCAUUCAACUUUUAAUCCUCAACUCGAGCUUUACACCUCUCUUGGUAUCGGGUUCAAGCAGCUCGGCCGAUGCCUCCUCGACUUCCUUUCUCAAUUCUUUUAGCCAGCCUUCUCCCAACAAUACCAACCCUCCUCCUUCAUCAUCAUUGACCACGUCAACAAGUGUGUCUUCAGGCAAUAAUGCCAACCCUCCUCCUUCAUCCUUCUUCACAGCUCUCUCUCAACAACAAGGUAAUAAUUUAACGUCGACAAGUUCGAAUGUGGUGUUGGAUCCAACAACCAUCACCACCACCACUACUCCGAGUGUCACCACAACAACCAGCGCAAGCAAUUUGGACAUGACGAGCCCAAAAUCAGCCACCACACAUAAAGACAGCUCCACAGCAGCCUCCAGUUACCACAGCACGACGAGCAGUGGUAGCACGACGAGUAGUAGUACUAUGGGAGGUGCUACUGCCACCUCGCUCUCCAUCCUCUUUCAACAACAUCAACAAAAGAACAAUCCUCUCAACUCUCCAUCUUCUAACAACAAUAAUAAUAAUAGCCUUAAUACCAACCAUCAUGAUCGUAAUGCAAGUAGUAGUAUCAGUAGUAGCAGUGGUGGUGGUGGUUGCACCGUGGAACCCAUUUCCUCUCUCUUACUUUCAUCCCUGAGUGGGAGUGCCAGUGCCACAGGAGGCUCCUCAACGCCGAGAUCAGGAGGAGCCUCUAGUAGUAGUAGUAGUUCAACAACACCAAGACUUCGACCUCAAUCAGCUCGCUAUGCUUCCUCCUCACUCAGCACAAGCUCAUGGGAUAAACAACAAUCGGGAAAUCUCUCAACCUCCAAUCACUCACUGGGAGGCGUGAGCACAGGGACCGCUGUAGGUGCUGGUGCAGCAACCUCAUUCAUCUCAAGCAAGAGUGAUGGAGCCUCUACGACCGGGAUCAAAACGAGUGGAACCCAUCAUGGCAUGGAGGGAAAUGGAAAUUGGGCCACUUCCAAACAAUACCGAGAUGGCAUGGAACACAUCCACAAGUUGAGAGAGAAAUUUAUGGACUAUGUCGGAACUGUACAUUGGUGGAAUGGUGGUCAUACAACGUCUUUGAAUUCGGGUACAGCUAGUACAAGUUCUCCUACUGUCCUUCCUCCAUCCAUUUCUUCUUCAUCAUCAUCAACAGCCUCCAAAGACUCUUCCGAAAUCAAAAAACAGCGAUCCAUGAUCGAGUGUGCGAGUAAGCUCAUUUUCUUGGACGAAUUUUAUGAUGCACUCAAUAUGAGGGUGAGAAGUUUUGAGACCAUCAAGGACGUGAUUCAGUGCAUUGAUACCAUGUGUAAGAUCUUGUUGAAUUUUGCAGAGAAGAAACAAGGAUAUGUUCGAUCGGGGACAACGUCACUAUCAUCAGGUGGUACUGCAAGCUCCACUUUAAAUGUCGACACAGAUCAGCAACAUGAGACCAUUACGUAUCAACAACCUGUCUUGUUACUAGGAUCCUCGAAGGGAACAUCUACAACAUCAUCCAACUCCUCAUCGUCGUCAUUGGCAACAUCCUUAAAGCAUGAUCGAUCGAAACAUCAUCCAACGACAGGUCUCAGUCGUGAUCCAAGCUCUGAAGAAAUGGGCACUAACGAUCGCUCUAGUAGUGGUGACGAUGGUGGCGUCAGUGGCAUGAAAGAUUUGGUGCCAAAUUAUCUAACCUCCAAACCCAAGAAGGACAACAUGGAUGUACCUCAUUUGAAAGAAUUUGUCAGUGCCAUGGAACAAAAUCGAUUGUAUCCAUGUUUUCAACAUGAGAGAUUGCGAGAUUUAUUGAUUACUGUAUGGUUAGAAAUUUCCAAAUGUGAAUCUGGAGGUGAGGAAAAACUCUCUGCUUUUUUCAAUAGUCCCAUGAAGAGAGCCAUUGUGGACUCGGAUCGUGUGAAUAAUACAUUGGCCAAUUCGAAUCGAAAUUCCAUGAAUGCCUCAACCUUACUUGCCUUAAAUGAAAAAAGUGGAGUCGAUCAACUCUCAUUAUUCAAUUCCAAUCUCAUGAGAAAGGAGUCUUCCAAAACGUGGUCAUUGGACAAAAUUUUUCACAUUGAAGAGAAUACUGCAGAUCGACUAGCGAAUGAUAUCAAGAUUUUGACAGACAUGUUUUUGAUCGAGUUGGAGGAUGUAUUAGCUGUAUUUCAGGAGAAGCAUUCGAAAUUUGUCAAAAAUUGGAUUACAGAGGCUUAUGAAAAGUGUUUACUACCAUUCCACGCCAUUCAGGCCAUUAAGAAGAGAAAGGACACUCUAAAAACUCUUCGUAAUGAAUUUGUAUUUGAAGAGGAUGAUUUUGAGGCAAAAUAUGUGAUUGAUAAGGACUGGCGAUUUGUGUCCAAGCUUUGUGAACAUACCUCUGAUUGGAAACUCAACUCGAAAAACAUUCCACUCGUCAUGUCGUGGUCCUCUGUUGAAAAUUAUAGUAGCAUGCCAGACAUGAGACUGACCAAAUUUGUUGGCUAUGUGGAUUAUUCUCUCGAGAAUGUCAUGAGAGCGUAUUGUCAUGACAAGUCACUCGAUCGAAUCUAUUCCAGUAAGGUUCAAUGGCAUGAGUAUUGUAAACCAUGCGCAUCGAGUUCCUUAGAAAAAUACCCAACAGCAAUCAUGACAACUGUGAACGAGUCGAGUGGUCUUUUCAAAAAACAAACGAUGGAAAUGGUUGUAUCUGGAAAAACCAAAUUUAUUGGUGGUGAAAAUAUGACUGAACUCUUUCAAGGCGCAUUCUUUUUCAAGUCAUGUAAUCAUUUGAAAAACACAAAAGAAGGAAAAUCAGAUUCAGAUUCUAAAUUAAUAUCGAUAGGAGCAAGAUUUUUCACCAAGAUUGAUAAUUGCAGAACUAGGAUUAUUGAAGUGAAAUUUAGUCGAAUUGUUGGCUUUUUAAAAAAGACAUUCCUCUUUCCAAUGAACAUGAAAAAAGAAAUGAGUCUCUUCCAUGCAAGUAUGAUUGAAAUUUUGGAACGAGAGCAAGAACAAGGAUUUCCCAUAGCAUCCAAUGAAGAUCAUUUGAUGAGAAUUAUUUGUGACUAUGCCAAAUUAUAUUGUCGUGUGGAUUUUAAACUCAAAUAUACAAGUACCGACGAUGAUAUUGUGCUGUAG